AUGGAGGGUCAAAACGAGAAUGAUGAGCUCUACCCUAUCGCGGUUCUCAUUGAUGAGUUGAAGCACGACGAUGUUCUCCUCAGACUCAAUGCUAUUCACCGUCUAUCCACGAUCGCGCUCGCCCUCGGGCCCGAGAGAACCCGAGAGGAGCUCAUCCCAUUCCUGGAUGACUCCGUGGAGGAUGAAGAUGAAGUUUUGACCGCGUUGAGCGAGGAAUUGGGUAACUUUACAGAAUAUGUCGGUGGACCAGAACACGCGCACGUGCUCCUGUCACCGCUGGAGAACCUGGCGGCGAUCGAAGAGCCUUUGGUCCGGGAGAAGGCUGUCGAAUCUCUCAACAAAGUCUGCGAGCAACUGUCAGAGAGCCAAGUUGAAGAGCACUUUGUCCCUCUCGUCCUCCAUCUUUCCAAAGCCGACUGGUUUACCUCGAAGGUCUCCGCGACCGGCUUGUACUGCACACCAUACCGCAAAGCCCCCUCAGCUUUGCAGCAGAGCCUUCGACAGCACUUCGGAGCUUUGGUACAUGAUGAGACCCCUAUGGUGCGGCGGCAAGCGGCGAACAACCUAGCCAAAUUUGUCAAGGAGAUGGACACACCCGUGGUUAUUGAUGAAAUGAUACCCCUUUUCCAAUAUCUGGCCAGUGAUGAUCAGGACAGCGUGCGCUUGCUGACGGUGGAUAUUCUCAUCGCGAUCGCGGAGGAAAUUCCCAAGGAGCAACAGCCCAGUCACGGCGUGCUGCUUACUUCGCUGCGAAAUCUCUUUGAGGAUAAGAGCUGGCGUGUCCGAUACAUGGUCGCUGAUCGAUAUGAGAAGAUCGCUAAGGCUGUGCAUGAGGAAGUGGUCACCCGCGAUAUGGUGCCUGCUUUUGUCAAGCUUCUGAAAGAUACCGAGGCUGAGGUCCGCACUGCGAUCGCUGGCCAGAUCCCUGGUAAGCGCGUUUCACAUCCCCAGCCGAGUUUUUCAAGCCGCCAUUAA